GUCAAGUUUUCGUACAAAUAAUUGUCCAUUAUCAUCAUCAUCGUCGUCCUUCACAAGUAACUUCUGCUACUUUUGCGCUCAGUCAGAAUGGCUGGUUUGCUAAAAAAGACGACCGGGCUGACGGGACUGGCAGUAUCCAAGAACCCGCACCACGAGCUGACUGUUCUCUACAAUAAGAUUUUGCGGGCACUUGAGAAGUUGCCGCAAAGCGCGGCCUACAGGCGUUACACGGAACAGAUCGUGAACGAGCGCCUCUCGCUGGUUCAAAGCGAAAAAGACAUCGCACAGCUGGAAAAGCGUAUUGGUGCCGGACAGAUUGAGCAAGUGAUCAAGCAGGCUGAAGGUGAGCUGGUGCUGGCAAGGCGCAUGCUAAAUUGGAAGCCAUGGGAACCCCUGAUUGCCAAGCCACCUGCUGGCCAGUGGAUUUGGCCACCUAAGUGAUGGUGAUGAGUAGCCAGCUAUAGCUACAUGAUCACUCAGCGGGUGACUUCCUGUCUAGCAUGGCAACUGGAUGGAGAGCCCACUGGGGUGGCUUCCCUCACAACUUUGUUAGAAGGUUUUUGCUUUAUGUCAUUUAUAGUUACAGAAUAAAUUAAUAUCUACCACUUCA